CAACAAUUGUGAAGAUUUUUAUUCUACAGAAAGUUAGUCACAACUGAAAUAAUAGCUCAGUGAUAUUAUUUCAGUUAAGUUAAUAAGAGAUUGAAUCUAACAAAGAACAUAAACUUUAAUAUUCUAGAUACUUCGUAUUAAUGAGUGCCAACUAACAUGAAACUCAUAUUCAAAAUAUCCUAGCGAUGGCAUCCAACUAUCUAAUAUUAAGACAAAAUGUAUACAAAAUACUUAAUACUCAAUUAUUCACUUCUUUUAAUUUAACAUUUCAAUAAAUGAUCCAGUUGAUCUGAAAUGAUCACUUUGGUAAUCGUACAACAAAAAAAGUUUUAUUUCAAUAAAUUACAUAGUAAAAUAAAAAAGACCAAAACAAUCUAAGGGAUUUCCGAAUGGAUUGUCGCCUGAAUUUAAAAUAAUCAUGAUCAUCAUCAUCAUCAUCAUCAUCCAAAUCAUCAUCAUCAUCAUCAUCAUCAUCAUCAUCAUCAUCAUCAUCACAUCAUCAUCAUCAUCAUCAUCAUCAUCAUCAUCAUCAUCAUCAUCAUCAUCAUCAUCAUCAUCAUCAUCAUCAUCAUCAUCAUCAUCAUCAUCAUCAUCAUCAUCAUCAUCAUCAUCCAAAUCAUCAUCAUCAUCCAAAUCAUCAUCAUCAUCAUCAUCAUCAUCAUCAUCAUCAUCAUCAUCAUCAUCAUCAUCAUCAUCAUCAUCAUCAUCAUCAUCAUCAUCAUCAUCAUCAUCAUCAUCAUCAUCAUCAUCCAAAUCAUCAUCAUCAUCAUCAUCAUCAUCAUCAUCAUCAUCAUCAUCAUCAUCAUCAUCAUCAUCCAAAUCAUCAUCAUCAUCAUCAUCAUCAUCAUCAUCAUCAUCAUCAUCAUCAUCAUCAUCAUCAUCCAAAUCAUCAUCAUCAUCAUCAUCAUCAUCAUCAUCACCACCACCACAUCGAAUCAUGUAUCCAAGUUAUUAAAACAAAAAAAGUCAUGGUGUUUAAUCAAAUUAUUAAUUCAAUUGAAUAUAAGAUACAUACAGUGUGUGUGUGUCUGUAUGUGUGUGUAUGUAUAUGAUCUAAUUAACAAAACGAAAAAAAAACUUAUCAAGAAAAAAAAAUGAAAAAAAAGAAUUAAUUUGCACAACAGUUUACUUAUAAUAAUUCAAUAUCAAAGUAAAAUUGAUGUGAACCGCGAAACAAGAAGCCUUAAAAAAUUACGGAAGCUAUUUUUGGGGACGUUAAUUCGUUUCAUUCAAACCUUGUAUAAUAGUAAUAUUUACUUUUGCCCCUAGCCUAUUCUACAGAUCAUAAGCUUUCGUUUGAUGUAUGAUUCAUUGCCAUAGCAUUUUCUGU